GGAAGUUUGGGGAGCGCCCUCAACCACAGCGCCUAACAAGAGAAGCGAUGAGGAAUUACCUGAAGGAGCGAGGAGACCAAACUGUCCUGAUCCUGCAUGCAAAGGUUGCCCAGAAAUCUUAUGGCAAUGAAAAAAGUUUCCCGUGUGUUUCAUUAAUGAAUGGUCCACCAGCCAAAGGACAUCCAGACAACUUGACACAACAGUGGGAAGCAUUGGAGUCAACAUGGACCAGCAUUCCUGUGGAACGCUUUCAAUACCUUGUAGAGUCCAUACCCCGACGAAUUGAGGCUGUUCUGAGGGAGAAAGGUUCUUCUGUCCACCCCCAUGUGUCUACCUGAUGGGCUCUGGCUGGAAGAAGAAGAGAGAGGAGAUGGAGAGAGAGGGCUGUUCAGAGCAGGAGGCUCAACCCUGUGCCUUUAUAGGGAUAGGAAACAGUGACCAGGAGAUGCAACAGCUCAACAUCGAGGGAAAGAACUAUUGCACAGCCAAAACCUUGUACAUAUCAGACUCCGACAAGAGAAAGCACUUCAUGCUGUCGGUCAAGAUGUUCUACGGCAACAGCGCCGACAUCGGCGUCUUCCUUAGUAAGAGGAUAAAAGUCAUCUCCAAGCCCUCCAAGAAGAAACAGUCCCUGAAGAACGCAGACCUGUGUAUUGCAUCGGGGACCAAGGUGGCCCUGUUCAACCGGUUGCGGUCCCAGACGGUCAGCACGCGCUACCUACAUGUGGAGGGGGGGAACUUCCACGCCAGCUCCCAGCAAUGGGGUGCCUUCUAUGUUCACCUGUUGGAUGACGAGGAGUCUGAAGGAGAGGAGUUCACUGUGAGAGAUGGCUACAUCCACUAUGGACAGACGGUCAAACUGGUCUGCUCUGUCACCGGGAUGGCCCUGCCACGCCUGAUCAUCCGUAAGGUGGACAAGCAGACGGCCUUGUUGGAUGCAGACGACCCCGUCUCCCAGCUGCACAAGUGUUCAUUCUACCUGAAGGACACAGAGCGGAUGUACCUGUGCCUUUCCCAAGAGAGGAUCAUACAGUUUCAAGCCACUCCAUGCCCAAAGGAACCAAACAAAGAGAUGAUCAACGACGGAGCAUCCUGGACAAUCAUCAGCACCGACAAGGCUGAGUACACCUUCUACGAGGGCAUGGGCCCCGUCCACUCGCCUGUCACCCCCGUGCCUGGAGUCGAGAGCUUACAGCUAAACGGGGGUGGGGAUGUGGCCAUGCUGGAGCUGACGGGACAGAACUUCACCUCAAACCUGAGGGUCUGGUUCGGAGACGUGGAGGCAGAGACCAUGUACAGGUGUGCGGAGAGCAUGCUGUGCGUGGUUCCCGACAUCUCUGCCUUCCGCGAGGGCUGGCGCUGGGUACGUCAGCCGGUGCAGGUUCCCGUCACGCUGGUGCGAAACGACGGCAUCAUCUACUCCACCACGCUCACCUUCACCUACACGCCGGAGCCUGGGCCGCGGCCACACUGCAACGCCGCCGGAGCCAUCCUACGGGCGGGCAGCGACCGCCUUUUAACGGCUAGCAGCAACAGCGCUAACAACAGCGACGCUAACAACAGCUACGGCCCCAACAACGCAGGAGUCACAUCCUCUUCCACGGUUGCAGCCGUGGUGUCCUAACACAAACACACACACACACUUAUACACACACACUUAUACACGCACACAAUAUGCCUCGAGAGCAAAAUGUACCACAUGGUAAAAAGACUAUGAAGUAAACUGACUCUCUAAAAGUGCUGCAUAUUGAUUUGGGAUUUCAAAAGAAGCUGAAAAUGAAAAUUGAUCGGACGGAAAAAGGAGGAAUUCAAAGAUAGUUCCUAUGUUAAAAGUUGUCAACCAGCGGAAAUAAGAGAAACUGUGUGAACUCCUCGCCGCUGCCCUCUUGUGGUUCGUAAAGGACAUGCCUGUCGGUUUAUGGUGUUGGAGCUGUGUAACAGGGAGUUCCUAUUGGCUCAGCGCGCCAGUGUCUUGAACGGAGACCACAACAACUAUACAUCCACCACAUGUAUAGUACAUUAACUACAAGGUAGAUUUUAUGCGCCCCCCUCUGUUAAUUUUUUCCCCCUCUUUUUUUGUCUCGUUAGUCGUCUAUGUUACUGUAAAGGGAGGAAAUGUAUUGUUUUUGGAGGGAGAGUGAGGAGUGGACAUAGUGGGGACACAUAAAAAUGUCAUGACGAUGCCAUCGUUUUUGUGGACCAAGGAUCUUGCAUAAGCUUCAGUAAAGGUACAUUUUCACCUGUUUUGUAUGAAACCGUAUAGUACACUUUUGUUACCAAAUAGUUUCUAUUCUCUUCCUCCGAGCUUUGGGCUUUUUUUAUGUUGUCCAAAUCCCGACCUGGCAUGUGUAUUAUAGCUACCUUUACUUCUUGUCUCCAUCAAAUGCCUGCUUCUUUCGGUCUUUUUGACGGAACGUUGAAUUUUUGAUACUUUGCUAGUCUUGGGAUUUAUUUUUUACCUAACCAAUGGUUUGUUUGUGUUAGGGAGUAACCUCAGCGGGCCUAAUUUUUGUAUUCUCAUUGUUUUUUUUUAAUGAAGUCUUUAAAAAGAAAAGCUUUAAGCAACGCCUCUGCCUUGCCUGCAAUACUCUGUUCGCUACAAGCUACGUUUCCUUUGGAAAGUACAUGUCUGUACAUCAAACAUGGAGCCAUGGUGACGUGAAUUCUUCCAUUUUAUUUAAAAUGUUUAAAAAAAAACUAAAAACUGGACUUCCAGUUACAAAAUAGUUUUGUCAUUUUCACAUUUAAUGAGUCUAGUCGUUAAAAUGAAAUGGUAGCCUUAGUACAGUAGUAUUAUUACAGUCAACUAAAAUCAUGUCACAUAUCCAAAGUUGAUAUCAUGUUGCUGUAGAAGUGUCCAGCGACGUCUUCAAAUCUGUCAGUAUAUUGUGUUUCCAGGCCUUGGUGUCUUCCUGUGUAUAGUUCUGGUGGCAUUUAAAACUUUCGUUGGUUUUUGAAAACCGAAAAGACAGACACUUCCAAUUUGAUGUGGCCUUUACCGCUCACUUAAAUGUCAAAGAGUAACAUUACUCUUCCAACGACCUGCCCUUUUCAUUUACGUAACUAGAACAAAUCUGUGUGUGGUGGGGGGGGGGCAGUCGGGUCUUAUCUCUGCUCAUUACUAGGUUGAAGAUGACAAAGGGGAUUCUAAUAUCCCAUAACUCUUUUCAACAAUGGGACCAGCUAUGCUAGUUAGCAACGGCACUAGUCCAAUUAAGAUGUUUGUUUUCUAACGCUGCCCAAUGAAAUUAUUACGUUGUCCUAACCUGUAAUAUUUUUCACCUGGACUCGUUACAGGAAGUUCUUUCAUUGGACAACAUAGCAUUAUGGGUUAUCUUUGUGUCACUGCUUCAAAAACACACUGUCAUACAUACGACCAGUGUUCUGGGAGAUUUGUCGUUAAAACAAACUCUGUUCAGUGUAAAAGUACAACACUUACAGUACCAGUCAAAAGUUUGGACACACCUACUCAUUCAAGGGUUUUUCUUAAUAAAAAAUUAAAAACUGUUUUCUACAUUGUAGAAUAAUAGUGAAGACAUCAAAACUAUGAAAUAACACAUGGAAUCAUGUAGUAACCAAAAGUGUUUUAUAUUUGAGAUUCUUCAAAUAGCCACCCUUUGCCUUGAUGACAGCUUUGGACACUCUUGGCAUUCUCUCAACCAGCUUCAUGAGGAAUGCUUUUCCAACAGUCUUGAAGGAGUUCCCACAUUGGCUGCUUUUUCUCCACUCUGCGGUCCAACUCAUCCCAAACUAUCUCAAUUGGUGUGAGGUUGGGUGGUUGUGGAGGCCAGGUCAUCUGAUGCAGCAAUCCAUCACUCUCCUUCUUGGGUCAAAUAGCCCUUACACAGCCCAGAGGUGUGUUGGGUCAUUGUCCUGUUGAAAAACAAAUCAUAGUCCCACUAAGCGCAAACCACAUGGGAUGGCGUAUCGCAGCAGAGAUCAUCCGUUCACCUACUCUACGUCUCACAAAGACACGGCGGUUGGAACCAAAUAUCUCAAAUUUGAACUCCAGACCAAAGAACAGAUUUCCACCAGUCUAAUGUCCAUUGCUUGUGUUUCUCGGCCCAAGCAAGUCUCUUCUUCUUAUUGGUGUCCUUUUAGUAGUGGUUUCUUUGCAGCAAUUCGACCAUGAAGGCCUGAUUCAUGCAGUCUCCUCUGAACAGUUGAUGUUGAGAUGUGUCUGUUACUUGAACUCUGAGGUGCAAUCUAAGGUGCAGUUAAUUGCCGGUUUCUGAGGCUGGUAACUCUAAUGAACUUCACCUCUACAGCAGAGGUAACUCUGGGUUUUCUUUUCCUGUGGCGAUCCUGUUUGAUUGAUUUUUGCGACUUUCAAAGUUCUUUAAAUUGUCUGCGUUGACUGACCUUCAUGUCUUAAAGUAAUGAUGGUCUUUUACCAAAUAGUGCCGUCUUCUGUAUACCACCCCAAGCCUGUCACAACACAACUGAUUGGCUCAAAUGCAUUAAAAGGGAAACUUUUAAGAAGGCACACCUGUUAAUUGAAAUGCAUUCCAGGUGACUACCUCAUGAAGCUUGUUGAGAGAAUGCCAAGAGUGUGCAAAGCUGUCAUCAAGGCAAAGGGUGGAUACUUUGAAGAAUCUCAAAUAUAUUUUGAUUUGUUUAACACUUUUUUGGUUACUUCAUGUGUUUUUUUCAUAGUUUUGAUGUCUUCACAAUUAUUCUACAAUGUAGAAAAUAGUAAAAAAAUUCAAAUAAAAUGAGAACCUUGAAUGAGUAGGUGUUAUAACAUUUUUGACCGAUACUGUAUAUGUCUACUUCAUCACAGCACUCGUGCUUUCUCCGUUUUAGAGACAUUGUCUUGCAAGCACUGUGACUCAUUUAAAAGCCUUUUAACUAACGUCCUGUGGUUUUUGACCCGAACAAAACAAUUACGUCACUGUCUGAAAGUAGCCAAUGUACUUAUGGUGAUCUAGUCUUCUGUUAACAGUAACAAGGCCUUCUAGAUGUAGGCUGUAUCAUUGAAGAUGUAUAUUUAGAGAAACGUACAGCAAUAUUAUACAGGUCGUGUCUCUUGAGGUUUGCCUGACCACCUACUUCACCAGCUUGUUUGUGUGUGUGUGCUCACGAUCUGCUGUAAAGUCUGUAACAACGGAUCGGUGAGCGAAACUCGUUCCGUUUCAACGUGUGUUUGUGCGUGUACACUGUUCAUGUUCAACAACAAUCAACGUUCUUGUAAAGAUGGACUUCUGGUUGGCCAGGUUGGUUGGCCAGGUUGGUUGGCCAGGUUGGUUGGCCAGGUUGGUUGGCCAGGUUGGUUGGCCAGGUUGGUUGGCCAGGUUGGUUGGCCAGGUUGGUUGGCCAGGUUGGUUGGCCAUCUUCUGAUUUUGAUCCAAAUAUAAAACAAGUGAUUAUUUCUCUGGCACAAUAAUAUGUGGCUGAAGAAGACGAUCAACGCCAAUAGUUUGUGUUACAGUGGGACGAUGUGCUCUUCCAGGAAGAACUAUGAUGCUGAAGCUUGAAUAUGUUUUUAAUGAACAAGUAUUACAGGCCUCUCUCAUCAUGUACCCGUCUAACAGUCAAAUGCAUGUAAUAAAAGGGAACAAAAAAGUGCCAAGUUUCCUCUAAAAAUACAAGCGUAAACAGAUGGGAUGCUCCUGCCCCCCCCCAACCACCACUUGUUUCUUCUGCCAUUGAUGUUAAUGUAAACAGUGUAACAUUGACAAUAUCUUUUUUAUUAUUGUAUAAAGUUUCCCCGUUUUUGUUUUAUUUUAUGUUAAAGAAAUAAGGUCAUUACUGCCUUUGCUGCCUACUUUGGCGCCGGGAGUCGAUUUACAAAAGGUCAGUUGCUGUCGGUCCAGCAAACAGUUGUUUUUAUGUUUUUAAUUCAUUCAAGAAUGGGUGCUAUCAACCUGAAUUGAGUAGUUUGCAGCAUGGAACCAACAUGAGCUUUGUCACCUAUAACCUUACUAUGGAAUUACACAACAACGAGAAAAGCUACAUGGCCUUUUCCAAACCCUUCACUCUAUUGUCAUGUCAAUAAGGUGGUCGCUGAAUCUUUUUGGGUUUGCUCUGUGUUUUCAGGAUGUCAGCUGGGAGAAGUGAGUUCGGGAAACGCCUGCCUGAAUCAUUCUCCAGUCAGCUGUCUUUCUGCUUUGGGGUUUUGGGAUUCUAAUAUCCCAUAACUCUUUUCAACAAUGGGACCAGCUAUGCUAGUUAGCAACGGCGCUAGUCCAAUUAAGUUGUUUGUUUUCAUGGUCAAAAAAAGCAUCAGUUCUCACGUUUUACUCAACAAGGAGAAGGCAGUUCUCUCUUACAGGGGUGGAAUGUUGUUACAUACCUUUUUAGAAUCUGGACAAACGAUUAACCUGGUAAAAUACUCUCUUAACCUUGUGUGAAGCUUUUUGCAAAUACUGUGUACAUACUGUACUUGCAAUCGGUUUUAAUUUUGUCAGUCGUACUUUUUGUUUUCUUCCAAAAGCAGCUGUUUUUUGGGGGGGUGGGGGGUUAAUGAGCUCUGAACAACGUAUGUAUGUAUCCUCUAAUAUGCCAAAUGUCUUUUUAUAACAUAGAUUUGUCAUGCACUGCUAAACAGGACAGAGCGAGAAGCAGCUUUAAAUAAAUGAAAAGCCGUGUGGGAGGAGCCUUUCUCUGACACGCUCUGCCUUGAAUACUCCUCGAGACGAUUGGCUGGCUGCAUUAUGGAGUAGUAAUGUUUCCCUCUCCUCUGUGUCUCUCUGCACCUACGUUUUGACUUCACUCUCUUAGCUCUGCACGCUUAACUUCGCUGCAGUCCCAUUUCUUAUCUUGUCCCCCUCGCGCAUCCUUUCACACACACUCUGUCUCCACCUUUCUCUCUCUGUCUCUGUCUCUGUGUGUAAUGUUCCAUUAAUGGUAAACACAGAGGGGUCAGCCAGUGGUAGUAUACUCAGCGAUCGAAGGGUUUGCUGAUGGUAGAAAUCUGUGCAGUUUGUAACAUUUUUAGCAAUAACGUGAAACAAGGGGACUGUUUUUUUGAUAACAUUAUGAUUGGUUGUUUUGGUUUUUGAUAACAUUAUGAUUGGUUGUUUUGGUUUUGUACAUAUUGAAAUUCCAUGUCAUUUAAAGGAAAAAAAAACAAGAAAAAAGUUGCUAUAUUGGCAUAUAAAAAAAAACAAACACAAGAAAUAAAAAGUGACAAUUAUGUGUGAAA